AUGUUCAAGACUGUCACUCAAUUAACUCUCAAGGAUUCAUAUAACUUGCACAUUCCCAUUAAUGCACCACAUAUGACUCAGAUCACUGAGACAUGGAGAACCAGUGUGGAACCCCUCCUCGUCAGAUGGGAUUUUGUUGAUGAAGAGGUUCUGCUUCCAACAGGACAAAUGGUGACUGGCUUCUUCAACUGCUGCACCAUGAGCACCAUCAUUCAUGAAGCUGUAUUCUCACCUUGUUGCAAACUGUCCUCCAUCAUCCCCCCCAACACAGAAAAUCUCGAUCAUCUUAUCACCUUCACCAUCACCAUCAUUCAGUGGGGGCUCACAAACCUUGUCAGGGGCCGUGAGGCCAAGUUCGAGGCAGAUGUAUAUGAACCUCACUACAACAAUGCCCUUCGACAUAUUCAGGACCUUAGGAGCGAGGGACCUAUUACUACACUAGACCGUUUCUCGGAAUUUACUGCCAGCAUUUUGACUCAGAAGUGCGUUCGAAGGCUCGGACAUCGUCUCGAUAUCUUCUCUGGGCGAGUAUUUUCGCAAUUAUUGUCAUUAUUUGGUGUCGCUCGAAAAGCAGAAGAAGCCAUCAUCCUAUGUAGCUUCGGCUUUUUUAGUGGGUUCCCGCCCAAGUUCAGACGCGAGGUACUCAAGUAUCUUGACUCGCCAAGUCGAAGGGUUACUGUGUCUAGCCUUAUGGCUUCAGUUAAACAGGUUCUCGCACUCGGAAAUGGCGUCUGGAAGUGCAGCGAGGCCAACAGUUCACGCGCGCAGCCAUCGCGCGCCUCAGACAAUCAUUCCCCCCGCCGAUCGUACUCGUUCUGCUUCUUCUGCGGACUUUCGGGACAUAUUCGGGCAGGUUGCCAUUCAUUCAAGUCAUAUUUAGCUUCGGGAAAGUGUCUACUUGUAAACGGUCGCGUUGUUCUACCUACAGGACUGGAAAUCCCGCGAGAAGUUGCCGGACGGACUCUACGAGACCGUCUCGCCAACUGGUCUUCAUUGACAAGCCAGUUCGAGGCUUGUAUGGGCUCAUCGCCCGCUCGCUCGCUUUCACUCACAGCCGCACCCUCUCGAUGCGUGUUCAACGCACCAUCGCACAUACCCGCUCAGACGAGCAUCGUGUCUACUCAGUCCCUACCUACUCUCCAGCUCGAGCCAGCAGUACCCGACCCACCACCUGUUCAGUCUUCCACAGUCGAGGUCGCCACGUGGCCGAGGCCGGUCGCCCUCGCAUCCUCGUUCACGCUCGCGCUCGCAGACUCGAACAGGCUCCUCACUCCCUUCUUCCUCGUCAUCGUCGUCGUCGUCCUUGCACUGGCGCUCUCGUUCACGUUCGAGGAAGGCGUAUUCAUACAUCCAUUCCAAACCGAAGCGGUCGCGCAGCCGCAGUCGCAUGCCCCGGCGCUCUCGAAGAGCGCGUUAACGCUGCAUUAUGGAUCUACCUACAUCGUAACGCGGAAUUUUUGGCUCGAGUUCCCCACGGAACGCCGUUUAGCAUCGCACCCGGCGCCUUCCCACACUCUACAUGAUUCCUCCCAUCCGCAGAUACAGUUCCGGCAAGGCACGCUGUCGACGAGGCCACCAUCAACACUGCUUGUCGCUCGUCAAGGUGGAUACUACCUCCCUCGUACCGAGCGCGUAUCUCGCUCGUUAUCGCGCCGUGCCUCUCGCUUUUUGGAAGGCUCGUACUACUCGACGUCAGCUCUCUGUCGGUACCAAGCUCGUUUACAUGCGCCCAGCCGUUCAGGAGAUAUUCGCGUUUUUGUGGAUAGGUCCAUUCUCAGGGUCCUGUGGUCGUAUCUCGCUCGUUCCCGCGUCGCGCCUCUCGCUUUUGGGGAGGAUUGUAUUCCACGACGAAUGCUCCAUGUUGAUAUCAGGAUUGUUCUGAUAGGUCCAGUAGCUCCGGAGAUAUUUGCGUUUUUGUGCGAAGGCCCAUCCUCGAGGUCUUGCCAUAGUCGCUCGCGCAGUUCUACGUCGCUCCUCUCGCUUUUCGGGUCGUUCAUCCCGCUCGCUGAACCCUUCCUGGGGAUGCCUACUUUGUAA